AAAAUAUCGUAGACGUAGAGCAAACCUUCGUAGUGAAAAUUAUAUAAAAACGAGAGAUGUCGGUGUACACAGCAGUUCCAGGUGUAUCGAGAGAUGACGUCAUAAAGUUUUCAAAAGAUUUCAUGGCUGGUGCAACAGCAGCUGCAAUUUCAAAAACAGUGAUUGCUCCAGUGGAACGGGUCAAACUAAUCUUACAACUCCAAAACUCGCAGACAACGCUAGCUCUAGAAAAUAGAUAUAAAGGAAUAGUGGAUUGCUUUAUCAGAGUGCCUCGAGAACAAGGAUUCCUUUCAUUUUGGCGAGGAAAUUGGGUGAAUAUAUUAAGAUCGUGCAGUCAAGAAUCUCUAGGAUUAUCUUUUAAAGAAUUUUUCCGGAAAUACAGUCUGGAAGGAGUUGAUCCCAAAACACAACACUCCAGAUGGUUAGUAGGAAAUCUGGUAGCUGGAGGUGGAUCAGGAUGUGCUACUCUUGCCACCAUCUAUCCUCUUGAUUUUAUAAGAACGAGGUUGGCCAUCGAUUUGGGAAAGAGAAAAUCGGAUCGCGAAUUCACGGGAAUGUUCGAUUGUGCUAAGAAAAUAAUUAAAAGUGACGGAGUUCCAGGCUUAUACAAAGGUCUGAUUCCAUCGCUUCAAUACAUGAUUAUCUAUCGAGGAGCAUAUUAUGGUCUGUUCGAUACAACGGCUCCAUAUAUGAAUAGUGACGGAAAGAUGACAUUUACUGAAGCAUUUCUUGUUGGACAAGUCGUCACUCUGAUCGCUGCAAUGACAUCUUAUCCACUGGAUACUGUAAGAAGACGACUGAUGAUGGGUGCUGGAAAGAAGACGUUACCGUUCAAUAACACAAUAUCCUGCAUCAAAUACAUUUACACGAAGGAAGGACCCAAGGCAUUUUUCCAUGGAGCCCUGGUGAACGCGAUUCGUGGAACUGGUGCAGCAUUGGUUCUGGCGAUUUACAAUGAACUUCAGAAGUACAUGUGACAACCUUCCAUAAUAUAGAUAAUCUUUAAAAUUUCUAGUGCAUUCUCUUAUUUGUUCGAAAAUCAGGCUCUUUUAGAAAUACGUGUAAAUUUGUAUGUUGAAGCCUGUGCCCAUUGUUUUCUGUUAUGAUAACGAAGAAAAGCUUUU